AUGAGGAUAGCCUGUCUUCAGUUCUCCCCCCAAGUGGGCGAGGUUGAAAAGAACAUGUCCAAAGCCGACGCAGUCCUCGCUGCCUCGGCAUCAGAACAACUCGAUCAGGGACUCGACUUAUUAGUCCUCCCCGAGAUGUCCUUUUCCGGCUACAACUUCCGCUCCCGAUCCCAGAUAGCCCCCUACCUCGAGUCCCCAUCCACCGGACCAACCUCCUCCUGGGCCAAGCAAAAAGCCCAAUCCUUCCGCUGCACAGUAGCAGUCGGCUACCCAGAACUCCAAUCCCACACCAACGGGGAGUACUACAACUCCCUCCUGGUGGUCAACCCUUCCGGCAACCAAGUGGCAAACUACCGCAAAUCCUUCCUCUACUACACCGACGCAACCUGGGCCAGAGAGGGCCCCGGCUUUUACUCUGACUCCCCAGAGAGUACAGUCUUUCCCGGGAAAACGACCGCGAUGGGGAUCUGCAUGGACAUCAACCCGUACAAUUUCACCAACCCCUGGAAUCUUUACGAGUUUGCAAGGCAUUGCUUGACGGUAAAGGCGAAUUUGGUCAUGAUUAGCAUGGCCUGGCUGACGCUGGAGAUGAGGGAGCGGUUCCUUACGGGAAGGGAAGAUGAGCCCGACCUGGAGACGAUAGCAUAUUGGGUUGGGAGGUUGGAGCCGCUGAUCAGGGGCCAGGGCGGGCACGGUGAGGAGGAGGAGAUUAUCAUUGUUUUUGCCAACCGGUGCGGGUGGGAAGACGAGGCGGUUUACGCGGGCAGCUCGGCUGUUAUGGGGGUGAAGGGCGGGGAGGUGAGCGUGUAUGGGGUGCUAGGGAGAGGAGUGGAGGAGUUGUUGGUGGUUGAUACGGAUGGGGAGCCGCGGGGGAGGCUGGUGACGAAGAAGAGGGAUGAGAACGAGGAAGAAGAAGAAGAAGAAGAAGAAGAAGAAGAAGAAGAAGAAGAAAAACAGCAAGAAAAUCCUAACAACAAUGAAAAAUCACCAAACGGCCCCUCUCAACCGCAGAGUAACUCGAGCAACAGCAACAAAAACAACAACAACAACAACAACAACAACAGCCCAUCACAACCCCCCUCAUCCACCCACAACCAAAACCACACCCAAAUCCACCAAAAGCCAAAACUAACCCUCCUCACCGACCCUCACACCAUCCCCCCCUUCCGCUCGGCCCCCCAAAGUAACAUGUUAACAACCCCCCAAACCCUCUACCGCUCACCAACCACCCCCUCACCCCUCUGGUCAAUAUCGCCUUAUACCUCGAACCCCUUCAGCGAUAAAAACGCCACCUCAUCAGACCUCACCUCUUUUCCCGUGUCAUUCUCCUCCUCCUUUUGCUUCUCGCCCCUCUCCCCACACUCCAUCCCCUCCCUAGACGACGCGGACGAAUUCUUCGAAGCCUGGCUCGUGUCCCCCGUCUCCCCCAAGAGACAGGAAAAGCCAAGGCUGGGGUAUUGGGAAGAGGAGAGACUCCAGAGCUGGAAAUGGCCCAACGGCAAUAGGGCUAGAUUUGCGGGGGAUGUUGACGACGGUGAGGAGGAUGAGGAGGAGGAUGACGAUGAGGAUGUUUCGCCUAAAACAUCAAAAAGAGAGGAGAUGAUAAGGAUUAUGGUGAGUCCGAGCUGUUGGGCCGAUUUGCAGAUGCCGCACCGGUGUAUUUCUGGGCUGGUGGGGGGUACAAAGAGGGUUGAGGUAAAACAAAUAACUAGAAUAGCUCCGAAUCUUUGA